AUGGGCGGCCUGCGGCUGCUGGCGGUAGCCCUCACGUGCAGCUGCUGGUGGCCGCAGGACGUCCAGGGCAAGACUCUGCGGGGCAGCUUCAGCAGCGCCGCGGCCCGCGACGCCCAGGGCCAGAGCAUCGGCCAUUUCGAGUUCCACGGUGACCAUGCUCUUCUGUGUGUCAGAAUCAACAACAUAGCAGUGGCUGUUGGCAAAGAAGCUAAGCUCUACCUGUUCCAAGCCCAGGAAUGGCUAAAGCUGCAGGAGAGCAACCCUGGUUACAGCUGCAGUGAGCGGCUAGCCAGAGCUCCCCUGACAGUGACAGUGAACCAGACUGAGCACAACCUCACAGUGUCCCAGCUGCCCGCUCCCCAGACGUGGCGUGUGUUCUAUGCAGACAAGUACACCUGCAGGGAUGACACGGAGAGUCCCCAGGUGGAAGAUAUCCCCUUUGAAAUGGUGCUCCUCAACCCGGACGCCGAAGGAAAUCCGCUGGAUCACUUUAGCGCCAGAGAAUCUGGGCUCCAUGAGUUCUUUUUUCUCCUAGUCCUCGUGUACUUUGUGACUGCGUGCAUCUAUGCACAGUCACUGUGGCAGGCUAUGAAGAAAGGAGGGCCCAUGCACACCAUCUUAAAGGUUCUCAGCACUGCGCUGCUGCUGCAAGCGGCCUCAGCCUUGGCUAACUACAUCCACUUCUCCAGGUACUCCAGGGACGGAAUAGGGGUGCCUCUCAUGGGGAGUCUGGCAGAAGUUUUUGACAUUGCCUCCCAAAUUCAGAUGCUGUACCUGCUUCUGAGCCUGUGCAUGGGCUGGACCAUAGUCCGAAUGAAGAAGUCUCAGAGCAGACCACUGCAGUGGGACUCCACCCCUGCGUCCACCGGCAUCGCUGUGUUCAUAGUUAUCACACAGAGCAUCUUGCUACUCUGGGAGCAGUUUGAAGACAGUACUCAGCACAGCUCCCAUUCGCACCACAGCCUAGCCGGCCUCUUGCUGAUCGUCUUACGAAUUUGCCUAGCGCUGUCACUGGGCUGUGGACUCUAUCAGAUCAUCACAAUGGAGAGGAGCACGCUCAAGAGAGAAUUCUACAUCACCUUUGCCAAAGGCUGCAUCCUGUGGUUCCUGUGCCAGCCAGCGCUCGCAUGCCUCGCUGUCCUUUUCAAUGACUACCAAAGAGAUAAGGUUAUUACAGUAGGUGUCAUCCUUUGCCAGGCUGUGUCCAUGGUCAUUCUGUACAGACUUUUCCUGUCCCACAGUCUUUACUGGGAGGUCUCCUCGCUCUCCUCAGUGACACUACCACUGACCAUCUCGUCUGCACACAAAGGGCGUCCUCAUUUCUGAUGCUUGAGCUUUGUUGAAAGAACAAAUGAGUGGAGAAGUGCAGUAGGAUCCAGCGCAGCGCCGUCUCGUGGGUCUCUGCUGUGCGAGCCGAGCUGUGCGAGCCCAUGCCAGCAGAGAGGAACACAUGCUCUGCGGUGGACGCAAACAGUGAGCUUCCAGGAAAGAGUGUUGUUUCGAGGUGACUGAAGCAGUUUCCACGUGGAAAUCAAUGUGAAACAAGCUGCUUAGGUUACAUGUGGGCCAGGUGGCCACACGUGGGGUCCCUCAUCAGUAGCAAACGCAGGCCUGAUAGUCUCACAGUGUUCACUUCAGCGAUGCUUGCCUGUGUGUGUCCAGCUAGCCCAGCUAUGAAAUCAGUGUCAUGUGCUGAUUUUAAAACUACUUCUUUUUAUGCUUUAAAGAACAUGCAUUUCAAAUUACAGUUUAAAGGACUUGAAAGUGAAAUCACUUCAGGAAAUAAAUAGAAAAUAUGUGAACAGUUAAAUGAAUUACCUUUUGUUUAUUCACGGGUGGAGUUAUUCUGCAAUUUCUUCUUGUUUUGUUGGCCUUGCCAGGUGUUGUCUUGACUGGGGAAGGAUUUUGGAUAAUGUGUGGAAGUUCAUGGAUACAUUACAUUGGUUGGAAGAACAGAGGGUUUUAAGUCUGAGGACGUGGGUAAGGGACAAGCAGGUUUUUGUGUUUAAAAAGAAAGAAUGAAAAAGUAGUAUGUGGUAUGGCACUGAAAUUUUAAUCCUGAGAUAAUUCAUUUCUCUUACGCUGAAUCCCCAAUCAUAAUUAAGCUGUAGACACAGAUUAAAUUAACAGAAGCAUUUCACAUGAAUGUUGGUUUCAGUCAUCAACUACCCAUGAAUUCCUGCCCAAGGAUACUUAAUCAGGAUUAAAUUUUCUAUGAAUAAUUGAAAAACAAAAUACUCACUGGAUUUGUUAUAAUCCAUGUUGGCACUGGAUUGUAAGUAGUUGCCAUCUUGAAUCCUUUGUAAUAAAGCCGUGUGUGUGUGUGUGUGUGUUUUGCCCCCAAAUUAAGUAUGCUAGUUCUCUAAAACAGUUCUCGAUUAAAGAACCACUAUAUAGCUGUCAGUGCUUGCUGUAUGCUGGUAUUUGUGAAGUUGUUUGAACCUUUUUGUUUACUUUUGACUAAUUUUAAAUAUUUUUAUCUGCUUACCAUAUUUUAAAGCAGGAAACGGUGCAAUGACCUGGUAAUUGUUUUUAAUGGAAGGGUUCAGGUAACGUAGCACAAUGGAGAAGAUCUGUGACUUUGUCUUUAGUUUUUUUCCUUGCCUGGAGUUUCAUUGAAAAUGAAAAUAUCCUGCUUCAUUUUAAGACAGAAAUAUGUUUGCAGUUGGCAAAAUGGCAAAGUAAUACAGUCCAGCCCAUGAUUAAAACAUUUCUACAAGUUACUGUAUGUUUUGUUCAAGUACACGUCAGUUAAGCAGAAACUACACAAAGAAACCCUGUCUUGAAAACUAAAACAAACAAACGAACCGAGGAGUGAAGCCUUUUCCUAAAGUCUGUGGUUUGGAAGCAGUGUGUGGGGAGUGGGAGAGCUCUGUGUCUCACAGAGAGCAGAGAACAUUGAACAAGCACAGGGCAUGGGCUCCACAUUGCCGCCUGCAACACUUCAACAGGGGGUUUGUUUUUAAUAUAUUCAGUUGCUAAGCAUUUAUAUUUUACUGUUAAGAGAUAUUACUAAGUCAAGAAAAAUAGUUGUUAAUGAAUGUUCAGAACUAUUACAUAACAGGUCCAAGGAGAAAAGAAUUUCAUGUCAUAAUAGUAUCUUGUUCUCUUUUCUUUAGUCAAUACUCUAAAUUACAUUCCAUCAGACAAUGCCUUGGAAGUUUUUAUGCUCUUUUUGUCUGUGGAUACCCCAUCCUGUGAAGAAGCACUUGUUUUUGCUUUUGUAUUUUGUUUUUUUAGAAAAUAGGAAGAUGUUUGAUUUUAUCGGCAUGUAUACUAAUAUAAAUGCCUACUGUACAUCAGACAUUUUAACCUCAGUGUGACUAAACAGACCACUCCUUGAACUGAGUGGGGAUAAAUAAAUGUUUCUCUGAA